UUAGAGAUAGUCACCGGUGAAAAAGGGAUCCAUUAUUUUCUAACGCUAGUUUAGCCUGACAGAUAAGAACAUAGAAAAGGGCACAAAGUUUUAAUUAUAGCUGUAUUUUAUUCAUAAAAAAAACGCAAGCAAUACAUUUUUCGGCGUUAAGCUUUUAGCCUACGAAUAUGUUAGUUCAUAAACUUAUUUUUUUCUGCUGGCUUGUGUCAACAUGUUUUGAGACAUCGGUCACAGAGAGUGCUAGCAAUGAACCGGCAACAACAUCAACCAGCAAACCAGGGGUUACUACGCCCACAACUGUAACCCAGAGCACCACUGCUUCCUCAACAUCAGAACCUACAUCUCUCACCCAGAAACCAGAGGAUACGACGCCCACAACUGUAACCCAGAGCACCACUGCUUCCUCAACAUCAGAACCUACAUCUCCCACCCAGAAACCAGAGGAUACGACGCCCACAACUGUAACCCAGAGCACCACUGCUUCCUCAACAUCAGAACCUACAUCUCCCACCCAGAAACCAGAGGAUACGACGCCCACAACUGUAACCCAGAGCACCACUGCUUCCUCAACAUCAGAACCUACAUCUCCCACCCAGAAACCAGAGGAUACGACGCCCACAACUGUAACCCAGAGCACCACUGCUUCCUCAACAUCAGAACCUACAUCUCCCACCCAGAAACCAGAGGAUACGAUGCCCACAACUGUAACCCAGAGCACCACUGCUUCCUCAACAUCAGAACCUACAUCUCCCACCCAGAAACCAGAGGAUACGACGCCCACAACUGUAACCCAGAGCACCACUGCUUCCUCAACAUCAGAACCUACAUCUCCCACCCAGAAACCAGAGGAUACGACGGCCACAACCAAGCCCAGUGAAACCACUGUUACCUCAACACCAGAAACUAUACCUCCCACCCAGAAACCAGAGGAUACCACGGCCACAACCAAGCCCAGUGAAACCACUGUUACCUCAACACCAGAAACUACACCUACCACAACAGGGAAUGAGUCUCCGGGAACCACCACAGAAGCACCCUCGCCCAGCUCAACACCUGAAGUUACGGUCAGUUCAGGAACCCAGGUGACCACCUCCCCACCGGAGUCCACCCCAACUGAGACCACCCCGACAGAACCCAGCACUAAAACAACUGCCACGCCCACCACCGCUAAGCCACCAGCCUGCAGCCUGAUUACAUGUCCAUUUAACAGCGUCUGCAUUGAAUUGUUUGAUGGUCCCACCUGCCAGUGUCUUCCUGGGUCAUUCUUUGCUGAUGGCAGCUGUGCGAAAGCUAAGGCCUUCCCUGGAAACCUGACACUCACGGCAUUGGGGUUUGCAGAUGAAAUGCUAUCCCCUCAGUCCCAAUUAUUUAAGCAAACGGCAGACAAUAUAAUAGCUGUGCUGAAAGAUGUAUUUGCCGACAACCCAGCAUAUAUUGAAUCCAAAGUCUUACAACUCAGUAAAGGCAGUGUGGUAGCGACGGUGGACAACAUUUUCCAGCUCACCUCCGAGGUUAACCAGCAAUCCGUUGAGAAAAGCAUAAGUGACUCGAUUAAACAGUGUGGGGACAACUGUGACUUACUAAAUGGUGCAACAUUCAAAGACGUUAACCUAUGCCAGCUGAAAGAAAAUCCUUGUGAUGUGACUACAACAAAUUGUAAAAGCGAUGUUGGCGUUGUCAGCUGUUCCUGUAUUUCUGGCUACAUCUCGACAGACUUCUCAGAAAGAAGCUGCUCAGUCUGCCCCAGUGGACAGAAAGCAGAGAAGAACAAAUGUGUCCCCUGUCCAUUCGGCUAUGCAGGAUUGAACUGCGAUGAUUCUUCCCUGCUGGCGGUGGUGGUGGUCUCCUGCGUGCUGGGUGGAUUCCUGCUCAUCAUGCUGCUAGCUUUUAUCAUCUACAGCUCCAGGACAAAAAAGAAGAACUACAACAGUCCUUACCCCCCACCUCAGGAGACCAGGACCACUUGGUCCACUGAUCACUUGCCUGUACCCAAGAUCCCGCGAGCCAGCGCUAACAUCAAUGCCCAGUGGGACUCAUCCCAUUUGGAGAUGACGGAGAGCGGCAGCACACGGGCCCUGGUCGCCAAAGAUCGCCCUGGAAACGGAGCGAUGUCCUCUUACGAUGACCUGAGGACCUUCACGGGCAAAAACCAGUCACGCUAUUCCUAUCUGAACCACGGCCAGGACAACCCACACUUCAUCUCGGACAAUGGACGUGGAACCAAAUAGAACCUGCAGCAAAAGGAAGAUUGUCCUUGGGAUUUUGCAAGAAUCCUCCUUUCGAUUUCGCCCUGAGAUGUCUCACACUGCAAACGUGGCCUCCCAAAUAAACCCAUAGCACUACCAUUGGUUCAUGGUACGUGAAUUUAACACCCAGUGUGCCUUCUGUCAUUUCAGGUUAAUGGAUUUUCUUCUUUUUAUUUAAUCUUUACAUUAUUUAUAAACAACAACAAUGCUGGGGUAAAAUCUGAUUGCCAAAAUGUAUAUACUACUAUGGAAUUAAAUAUGAAGAUUUCCCAAAUGUAAAAAAUAUUGUUGGGUUAUAUUCAGACUGACAAAGAAAUGUUAUUUUACAGUCCAGUGGGCAGUUGUUUUUAAAGAGUGGUUAUCUUUCUUAUGAGACAUUUGGCCAUGACUUAUUGAAAGGCUAAUUAACCUGGUAGUUUGCUCUCCAUGUAAAUUAAAUUGAAAAAAAAAUUAGCUGCAUUUCUGUGCUUUAGAAUCGGUUAACAUAUUUCACCUGGUUGUAGGAUAUGUGUACAGGUAAUCAGUGUUGGGAUAUAAGGUGGAUUAUAUCCAACAGAUGUCACUGUUUCCACACAUCUGGGAGUUCUUUCACAUUCAUAAUUUUUAUGUACACUUGUCCACUGUGAGAAUAAAAUAGGGGGGCAGAAUGUUUCCUGUGAAUUGAAGCUGUUUUUGGUUGUGGUUUUUUUAUUUUUUGGUUUGGUUUUGGUUUAACAAAUGUGUCUAUGUGUCUAGAAUUACCCAUCGGAAGCUGAUAUUCUCUUAAUUAUGUUAAAGGGUAACAUAUUACUUUUGUGCACUUCACACAAAAUCCUUCCUAUUAUGACAACCACUUUUGGUUACAUUAGGUUACAUAAAGAGAUUGGAGAUAAUCUUGUUGGCAGUUGUUUUUCAUAACUGAAACUAUUUUAUGUGAAAUGACAAGUAACGGUUUAAAAGAUGUAGCAAACACAGGCAAUUAAUUUCAUGCUACAAUUAAAUUGUUUCCCAUUUAUACGGAUACAUUAUGUACUGAAGAAAUUCAGGUACCUUGGGUAACAGGAUGGUAGCUUCUGAAUUACUUCUAAUUACCAUGGCACUAAGAUGCUGCCUGCAUUUUUAUUUCAAUGGGUUCACACAUUUUUAUCUUUUGUCCUAUUUAUGAAGAAGUUAUUCUCCCCCCAAAAAAGAAAAUCACCAAAAAGAUUUUUAACUACCAAAAUAUGUAAACUCUGUUUCACUGUUCACCAGCUACCAUGAAUUUUUGGUGGUUACUGGGUUUGAAGAUUACUGUCGCAUCUCAAUUUCUUUUUUGCAUUGUAAACCCAGUAAAGCCACAUGACAGUAAAGUUUCAUAACUGCACAUUUGGGGAUUUAUGUCAUUGCUUCCACAUUACUUAAGUUAUGGAUGUAUGUUCUAUUUUCGAGUCUGAAAUUCACAACAACAAAAGAUUGUAUUUUUCUUAUAGGGGCUGGAACCCAGAAAUAAUUGUUUGGAAGUUCAUAUUGUGUUGAGGGAAGGGGUUGUGGUUUAUGAGAUAGUCUCCCAGUUUUGCUGUUUUGAAAAUUAUCUACCGUAUGUGCCUUUUGUCACAGCUCAUUAAAAAAAUUAACUUUUGAUAAUCCAUCUAUUUCAAUGUGCCAAUAUUAUACAUAACAGUGAAUGUGUUCAAAUAUCAACAUAGGUAAUUAAUUGUGUGUAUAUAACAUGUAAUGCAUUCUCAAACUGUUUUAUAAUUGUACAUAAUUUUGUAUAAGAAAAAGGGUUGCUUUUUUUGCACGGAAGGGCAUGGGAUGAAAAUGAACACUGAAAUAAAUUAAUUUAAACCUA